CCCAGUUGAGCUCCCCGAGUCUACUUUACAACAAGAUGGACCCCAACGCUGAUACUGAAUGGAACGACAUCCUCAGGGAGAAAGGCAUCUUGCCUGAACGUCCCCCUUCCCCGACGGAAAUGCUCGAAGAAGCCCUGCAACAAUCCAUCAAGGAAGCCCACGACCGCCGCCUCGAAGGCCUCGAUAUCGAUGAAUUGGACGACCUAGAAGACGACGAAGACGAGGAAAUUAUCGCCCUCUACAAAGCCCAACGCAUGGCCGAAAUGCGAUCCCUCCAAGCCCGAUCAAACCACGGCACCGUCACCCCCAUCCAAAAAGUCGAUUUCGUCCGCGAAGUGACAGAGGCCUCGAAAGGCGAGAACAACUGGGUGAUCUGCUACCUCUACAAAGACUACCUCCCCGGCUGCAAAAUCCUCGCGCCACUCCUGUCUCUGGUCGCCCGCCGCUACCCCUUCCUCAAACUGACCUCCAUCCAAUCCGACAUGUGUAUCCCCAACUACCCCGACCGGAAUACCCCAACCCUUCUCUUCUACGGAAACGGAGAUAUGCGGAAACAACUUGUCGCUUGGACCGCGAAAAGGGUUGAGGAAGUUGAGGUGUUGCUGGAGCAGGUGGGGUGUUUGACGUUGGAGCAGAUUAGGAGUGCGAGGAGGGCGGAGGGGGUUGAUGCGGAGGAUGAGGAGGCGGAGAGGGAAGUUGGGGAGGAGAAGGGGAGGGGGAUUAGGAAGAGUGUUAGGACGACGGUGCCCGAUGAGACUGAUGAUGAUUGGGAUUAGUCGGUUGAGGGGACAUCCCUUGCAAUGAGUAUGGGCAAGGGACAUGCGGAGGGAGCGUUUACGGUGAUCGUAAACAUGGUCGGAAUAAUGUGGCAUUUGGAACGCAUACGGGGAGAAUACCUUCUGAUUGAGAGAAGCAUAUGCAGUUAGGACAGUACUACGGUGGUGUAUGUUGCAGCGAUAGCCGGGAACGACAACGGAAAGGUAAACCGGGG